AUGGCUGAUGGAAAUAUAACACCUGACGUUCUAGAACAUUUAUCUCAAAGAACUACACAGAACCAUAGAGAUGGUAUAUUUGGUGAAGAGUUUAGAAAGAAAGUUAGGGAGAGCGAAGGAAGAGAACCUAUUGUACAUGACCUUGCAAAUGAAAGUUUACAAAAUGUCAUAAAAACUUACUUUGCAGACAAUGAACUGAGAAGGGAUGAAUAUUUAAGAAAACAAAUGGACAGUACCAAAUAUGUAAAAAACAUGUUCCUUGACAAAAUAAAACCAACUACAGAAAUAAACGACGCAAGACUGAAAGAUUGGGUAAAAGCUUUCCCAUUCACAAAAGAUAUAGUUGGUAACAUGGAAAGAAAACCAGAAUGGCUACAAAAACAUAUAUUUGGAAACGAGCAUAUUCCAUAUGGACAGGCACUGUUUGAAGAGCUUGAACCGGAAACUCAGGAAAGAGUCAUGCAAACAAUACGCGAAGACUCAAAUACAGACUAUGACAAACUCUUUCUAGGAUAUAGGUUACCUGAGAUGGGCGACCAGAGCCAAAAGGCAAAAAGGACAUGGGAAAUUUGCAACAUACUAGAUGAACAUAAUGCAAAGAUGCAACAACUUCAAGCAGAGGGCAAUGAAGGAAAAAGAAGAGUUAAAAACUCAGUCAGGAAGAAAGUAAAGCUUGGUCCACGUGGGUUCUAUUAUGACAUAUAA